AUGCAUUCACCUUCUCUUUUCGUUUUAUGCACAAUUGCUAUUUUCUUAUUUAUGGUCUCAUCAUCAACUGUAGUUGCUGAAGAACAUCAUAUUGCCCCGGCAAGAAAAUUAACCAAUGCUGCUUGGCUUGGAGCUCCUCAUUUUCAACAAUUAUCAAAACGUGGCCGAAUGGUUUUUCGUGACGCACCACAACAUUAUGACCAUGAAUUAACAAAAAAUGAUGUCGAAUAUAAUGAAGAUUUUCUUACUAAACGAAAUUGGCGAUUAUAA